UGAAGUGACGUCAACGCUGACGUCUCCGAGUCGGCUAGACUAGGCUGGAGGCUGACGUGCCAUUGCCGCUGACGCUCACUGCAGCUGCAGCAGCAUCACCUCGGGUCUGCAGAGGCUGUCCAGUGCUGCGCCAGACGGUCGCUCGGUCACUCAGUAGCUCGGUCUCCCAGUCAGGGUCAGCGGGCAUCGCUGUGAUUGCCAUGGCAGUUCCCGGUAGAGGGCGGGGAUUCGGCACUGGGCCCCGGGCUUGGGAAGCCAGGAUCGACGGUGGCGCGGCGGCCAGGGCGGCCAUGGCGUGGGAACCCCGCACAGAGGGGGGCGCCACGGCCAGGGCGCCCCGGGCGGCCAGGCUGUGGGAACCCCGAGCCGAAGGCGGCGCGCGAUCCGAGGGCAGCUUCUCGUUCGGUGAGUUCGCCGCGGUGCUGGGAGGCCUGGGCACCGCGGCCCCGACUCCGCCGGCGGCUCCGGCCCCGCCCCCCCUGCGGCUUCUGCACGAGCUGUGGCAGCAGGACCCCAGCCCCAGUGAGCUGCGGAAGGGUAAGCUCCGGCCCGGCCGCCUGCGCCUUGCGGCGCGGCCACACCGCCGCCUGGGGCCCACUGGGAAGGAGGUGCAUGAUAUGAAAAGGCUGCGCGAAGCCGCCAAUACCAAUGACAUAGACACGGCGCAGCAGUUGCUAGAUGACGGGGUGGAUCCGCGCGCCAUAGAUGACAAAGGCCGCACCGCCCUCCACUUCGCGGCCUGCAGCGGCAGCGACCAGAUUGUGCAGCUGCUCCUCGACCACGGAGCCGACCCGGACCACCGGGAUGGGCUGGGGAACACGGCCCUGCACCUGGCCGCCUGCACCAAUCACGUGCCCGUCAUCACCACACUUCUGCGCAGGGGGGCGCGCGUGGACGUCCUGGACCGCGCCGGCAGGACCCCCCUGCACCUGGCCAAGUCCAAGCUGAAUAUCCUGCAGGAGGGGCACCCCCAGUGCUUGGAAGCCGUGCGGAUGGAGGUGAAGCAGAUCAUCCAGAUGCUCAAGGAGUACCUGGAGCGCCUGGGCCAGCAUGAGCAGCGCCUCCGGCUGGACGACCUGUGCAACCGGCUCCAGAUGACCAGCACCAAAGAGCAGUCUUUUUACAGCCUAUUCCCUCGUGUGUGCCCUUUGAUCCAGUGAUCCUGCUUCGUUGCCGUUCCAGAAACAAGACACUCCAUCUCUCAGGUCUGGGCAUUUCCUCUGGCUCUCCCCCCCUUUGUGAAAUGCUCUCUCCCCCCUUCCCCCCCAGCUCCUGGCUUCAUACAGUUCCAUAUUUAUAUCCCAUCUUCUCUGGGAAGGCUUUCUCAACCUCCCUUAAUUCAAAUGCCUUCCCACUAUUAAUGAUGUCCUAUUUAUCCUGUAUAUAAUUGUUUACUUGCCUCCUCCAUUAGAUUGUGAGUUCCUUGAGGGCAGGGAUCGGCUUUUGCCUCAGUACGGAGCACAGUGCCUGGCACAUGGUACGCAGUUAAUAUGUGUAUUAACUGCUUGACUGACAUUGAUGUUAUCUCUAGCAGUAGGACAUACGGUCCUUAAGAACAGGGCCUGUCUCAUUUUUUGCCUUUGGAUCCCUGUACCUAGGAAAUAGCCUGCCAUGUCUGAGGGCCUUAAUAAAUGCUGUUUGACCAUGAAUUGCCAGUGGGAAACACAAGGUGGUAUUUCACUGACAUGGCUACACUCACCAGUAUAGUUCACAUUCAUAAUAGGCUUUUGGAGGUUUCUCGCUCCUCCCCACUAAUCCAGAAUCACAGAACCUCAGAACUGGGAACAAUUCCCAAGACUACUCAAAUGAAUGAGAAUCCCCUUUCUGGUGGCUUUAACAAGCAGUCAGAGGGCCUCAGUUUGGACUGAGUGAAACACAUUGACUCCACCUUGUGACUUAAUUCUGGAUCUAGCUCAGUUCUUUUUCUAUUCACUUAUGGGCUAAUCCAGUUUCUCUCUUGUGAGAAGCCUUUAUUCAAUGAUAGGAAUUGUGGGAAAAUGGGAUUGUGUUAUCUGAGCCUGGCCCUGUCUGGCUUGUUUAUGCUGACCAGAAACUCAGCCAGGUCCAAAGACUGACUGAUAUAAGGCGUUUUCUCACAAUUGUACAUCUGGAGCAGCCUUAUUUGCAAAGUGGCCCACUAUGGAUCAAUCAGCUCUUGUUUCCGCAUUCCUCUGAUUGGCUACACAUACUUGGGAGGAGUGAGACACCAGGGAAUUCACACCUGUUCACUCUCCCCCUCCCAACUUGAAAAGCCCCUAAUCUUUCCUCCAAUUAGAAAGCAGAUGAGCUCAUCUUCUCUACAGUUAAUGAAUCGCUCUCCUUUAAUGCUUUGGGCUCAGAAGCCCAAAUCUUUGCUUCCUCAGUUAAUUAUUCCAUCUUUCUUUCACCUGCAACAGUUUUUGGCAGAGCCGGCCAAAUUGAGAAAGGACCGCCAUCCUGGGGGUAACAUCUCAGUUUUGUGGAAGUCAGCCCCAGAGGCAGGCCUCCCCCCCCUUGAUUUUAAAUCCUGAGCUGAGGUAAGCUUUCCACCUACACUCUGGGGAUGGUUUACCCCACCCUACUAGGGGAAAGCUUUUCACUUUAAGAUCUCUCACUGCUAAAAUGCAUAAAAAUCCAGGGUGGUCUCAAAGUUGACCUGAAGACAGCGGCACAGCACUUUUAAUUAUGGCCAACGAAAGAUUUUGAGAUUAGGCUUUCAUUAGGAGGUGAGGAGGCUAACAAGUAUGUAUUUGUCCUAAUUGUUUCGUCUGUGCUUUUGUUUCUUUGUAAAACACAGGAAAAUCUUUGUCUUGUGCCAGACAUAUUUAGCGUUCUUUAUAGAGUUGGCUACCUUGAAGGAUUUCUAAGGGGAAAAUGCAGCCAUCCAGAAAGCUGCAGCCACACACAGAGUUUGGGAUGCUGGGGGAGAUGAAUGAAGUUUCACACUUGAAGCCCUUCUUCUAGCCUUGUGUAAUCUGAUGCUAAACUCUGUAUCAGUCAACAGGACUAACUCCCACUUUAGGCUUCCUGCAACAAGGUUUAAAAACCUACAAGGUACUUUCUUUCUCUCGGUCAUUUUUCCCCAGCUACUUGGGGACUCGAGAGAGGAAGUCAGAUAAUCGAAGAAAUGAAAACUUCUUCCUCAUUUGUAAGAAUUUGUGGCACUAUAAAUGAACUAGAGGUUCCAGAUUACAUUAACUGCUAACAACAUCUUGGUAGAUUUUGGAGACUUGGAGAUUAAUCAUUUUAAGAUUGCAGGGGAGGGGGAAGCUGGGUAGCUCAGGAGUUUGAGAGCCAGGCCUAGAGACGGGAGGUCCUGGGUUCCAAUCUGGCCUCAGACACUUCCCAGCUGUGUGACCCUGGGCAAGUCAUUUGACCCCCAGUGCCCAGACCUCACCGCUCUUCUGCCUUGGAACCAAUACACACUAUUGACUCCAAGACGGAAGGUGAGGGUUAAAAAAAAAAGAUUGCAGGGGAGAACGCCUGGGAUUUGGGGUAAUUCUAAGAACUCACCCCCUUUUCUUUGUCCUAUCUGAUGAGACACUCCGCAGAAACUUAACAGAUGCUGAAAUAUCUUAGUGAGCUUUGAAGUACCACUUUGUAGAAGUUCUUUUAAGGAAAAACUUCUUUGAAAGUUUCAGGGGUAAAAAGCAUUUCAAACACGUUUCCCCUUGAAGAUUCAUACAGCUAUUGUUUUAGUGUAAGAAAGAGAGCAGCUAGGUUGAAAGUAUUCCCAAAGGGAAGGAAAAAAAUAGGUAUGCUGUUUGCAUUUUAGAUUUAGCAGGAACAUUGUAGCUGCCUCUCCUUAGCCCUUUCUUGAGCAUGAAAAGAGAAAAGCCUGUUCCAAACCAGGAACAGUUUCAAAGCGAGUUCAAAUUUAAUUCAUCAAGGGGAAGAGUGGCUUAAACCAAAGAGGGGUUGGGGAGAAGGGCCUGCCUACUCCACCACUGCAAACGUCAUUUGGGAAGGCUGAAGUAGAACUUCCAAAGUUUGAUGUAACAGAAUGGAUCAUUAGGUAAACUAGAAGCAAGGUCGCCAAAGAAAAUGAGAAAAGAACCAUACAUUGGUAAUGUCUUGGGCACCCCCAAAGGUUCCUACAUAGACCAAAUCCCUAAAACACUUUAAGUAGAAAACACAAAAAUGUUUCCAAAAAUACCAGAAGGCAUUGCAGUUCAUUGGCAUUAUGGCAAUGUUGUGCUAACUUGAAAAACUCCACGAAAUAAAGAUGAGUUGUUUAGAUAGUUUGGGAAUACGACCAGGAAAUAUAGUGCUCUGCCCCUGAAAAACUCAUCAGUCCAGGCAUAUUCUCCAGGCUUUCGAAUCUUCUGAGCUCCAAAAGUAGGGAAUGGAAAGGUGAGGCUGCCACUUGGACUCUCCUCCUCUGGGGCAAAAGCUCCUAGGAGAGAGCUGCCAGGCUAGGCUAUGCACUCCAAGGGAAUUCAUUUGGUUCUUUGUGGUUUCCAAAAAGGUAAACGUGCCACCUGUACUCCUUGGAAAUGAGUUCACUGUUAACUCUGGCCUCUAAGCAGGUGCCUACUCACCCUGGAAAUGGAGGGUUGGGCUUUGUGGCUGUAGAUCCAGAUUUGAUUUGGUUGAGAUUUAUCCUGUAACUAAACUAUGAUGUAGUUCAUGAAAUAUGUUCUAUUUAUUGUGACCUCAAAUGCAAAGGAAAAAAUGCUGGGAAAAUGCAUGGAUCAGGGGAACCUGAGUUACUCUCCAGUCUCAGAAAUGUAUUAGUUGUGUGAUUUUAAGCAAAAUGACUCUGUUAACUCAGUUUCUGGAUUUGUAAAGAGGAAAAUAAUAAUGGUUUCCACCUCCCCGGGUUGUUGUGAGGAUCCAAUGAUAUAAUGAUUGUCAAGUGCUUGACACAGAGCCUGGCAUAUUGGUAAGCAUUAUAUAAAUGUUAACUAUUGUUAUUACUUCUUUGAUUGUAUAAUGUGCUAACUCUAUAUCGGAUUUUAGAUGUGGUUAGUAUACAAUACCAAAAGCGAUAAAAAUAAGUGAUCUUUUCAUAUAGGAUAAUUUGGAAAUGCAUUCUGCUGAAUUGACAUCAUCUGACUGGUAAUAAGAUUUAUUUCAUGUUUAAAUACAUGGUAUUGUGUAUGUUACUAUUGUGUUUCUAAAAACUAUUCUCAUAUUGUGAAAUGCUGUGAGAAACCAUUGUAUCAGAAAUGCUAUUAAAUAACUUCUCUUUUAAUCUGUUAGAUUACGAAUUGAGCUGUUAAAAGAAUGUGAUGAUAAAAAAAAAUAGAUAUUUGAAAACUGUUAACUAUUUAAUGGUAUAUUUUGUCUUAAAAUAGAUACUAAUACUAAUACUAACUUACUGUUUUGGGGGGAAAGCUGAACCGACCCUUUACGAUGUCCUGAUCUGUGAGGUCCCUUGAGACUUUGUUAUACAGGCAGGAUCACCCCGACCUCGUGUUGGAAAACCUGAAGUGCUGAAGUUGGAGAACCCAGAACCAAGAAACGACCAUCGCUUGAUCGCUCGAUCGCCUUCCCAGCUCCUUGUCCAAGGGGUGGAAUUUGCAAGGUUCCCAUAAUAAAAGAGUCCAUUGUUGUUUGAAAAUGUUUGGCUGUCACUUGUAAACCUUAUGAAAGUGUAUAGGAUGGUUUCAAAAUGUAACUUCAAUAUGGCAAGAAGAGUCCACUACCAGAUAUUUGGUUCGUUUGAAUUGCUAAAGAAAGGAUAAAAAUGACGUGUACUAAUAAGGAAACACGAGCCCUAAGCUCUAGUUAGUGAACUUGUGCUCUUUGAGGUAAAAAAACUCUGGGGACUCUAAUCGGAGAUUGUUCUGAGUUUUGAUUGCAGAAAUGGUUAUCUGAAUUGGAAUCUUGGAAUCGUCUUUCCCCCAAUUAGAAAUCAGAUUACCUAAUCGUGUAUUCUGAUUUAUAUCCUGUUAAUUGUUUUCUUUUAAUGGAUAAAAAUCUGUCUCCUCCUGUAUUCAAGGUCCAGUGCAAAAGCUUAGGAGUCUUGCUCCUGAUUUGUUAUGCAAUUGGCAUGCAUUGCUUAAUAAAUCGAUAUGCUUGAAA